AUGGCAUCGCCUUACAUCCGCCUAGCCACGAAACAAGAUGAGCCCUUGAUUCUUGAUAUUGCUCAACGUUGCGGCCUUUUCGAUCCACCAGAGGAACUCGUCGACCUGGGCAAAAUCUUGACCGCCUUCCUCAACAAGGAACUGUCUUCCGAUCAUAAAUGGAUUGUCGCCACGGCUACAGAGACUUCGGAGCCUUUAGCGGUGGCCUACUAUGCACUGGACGAAAGCUGGGAGGGCAUCAAUGUGGCCAAAGUGAGAACAAGUACAGAGGUCGCAGAGGCCAAGACCAACGACAGCAGGAAGAUGUGGAAUUUAUAUUUUAUCGCUACGGAUAGUAAUCAUAAACGCAAUGGAUUUGGUAGUGCUCUCAUACGUCACGUCGAGCAAGAAUUAAACGGUAGUGGUGCUUUGGGAUUGAAUAUUGACACAGAGCGAGGGAUUUUGGAGGCGAGGAGAUUUUAUCUUAAUUUGCAAUAUAGUGAAGUCGUGAACGGGGACGAGAAGGGCGAAGAGAGCAAUUUGAACGCCAAGGUGACUUAUCGCUCUACAUUUAUUAUACCAGCGUCUUCAGAUCAGGCUGCAAAUAUCAAGACUGCAAUGACCACAAUGUCAGAUUUCGUCGCAGCCGGAGGUAACUUUAUCGACACUGCUGAUUUCUACGGUGAUGGCGCCGCAGAAAAGAUUAUUGGAGGCUGGUUGAAAACCCAGAAACGAGACGACAUUGUCUUGGCUUCAAAAGCAUUCAACGUUAUGGGCAAGGGUGUGAACGACAACGGGCUUUCUCGCAAGCACUUGACCAAGGCUCUUGAAGGAUCUCUUUCGCGUCUGGGUACAGAUUACAUUGAUUUGUAUCAAUGUCAUUGUUGGGACAAGGGAACUCCCAUUCGAGAAACCCUGCUUACUCUCAAUGAUUUUGUCAGAGCUGGCAAAAUCAGAUACAUUGGAGUAUCCAAUUUCACUGGCCAACAAUUACAAAAGACUGUUGAUUUGGUUGCUUCCAUGGGACUCGAAAAGGUCGUGUCUAUUCAACAGGAAUACUCGUUGUUGGAACGUAACUUUGAAUACGACUUAACUGAAUUGUGUAUUGAGGAAGAGGUUUCGUGUAUUGCUUGGUCGCCUCUUAAAGCUGGCUGGUUGAGUGGAAAAUACACUCGAGCAAAGUUUCAAAUCGCGCCAGGAAGUCGUGCUGAAUAUGCUGCCUCUGACUCUUCUGAAUAUGCUGGAAUUGCAAACGAAAAGACUUUUGCUCUCAUAGAUGAAGUCACGGCCAUUGCCAAGGAAGUAGGCAAAUCAGCAACAGCAGUUUCAGUUCGAUGGUUACUACAAAGGCCGGGUGUUGCAGCUGCUAUCAUCGGUGCACGAAACCCUGAACAGUUGAAGGGCAAUUUGGAAGCAACAACCUUCCAAUUGACUGCAGCUCAAAUGGAACGACUCGACUCCGUGUCAGCCGUGCCAUUAAACUACCCAUGGAGAUUUAUCGGUGAUGCCACGCCAAACAAGACUCGUGCCAGAUACUAA